UCAAACCGUGUACUUGUAGCUCAAGCAGGUAACCAAGUUGGCUGGUUGGGUAUAAAUACAUCUACAAACCCAGAGCACAACAUAACAAAAAUGGCAGAAGUGAAAUUACUAGGAGCUUGGCCUAGUCCAUAUGUUUACAGGGUUAUAUGGGCACUAAAACUCAAGGGUGUGGAAUAUGAGUAUGUAGAAGAGGAUGUGUUAUUCAACAAGAGUGAUCAGCUUCUGAAGUAUAAUCCAGUGCAUAAGAAAGUUCCUGUGCUUGUUCAUGAUGGGAAACCAAUUGCAGAGUCCAUUGUCAUUCUUGAGUACAUUGAAGAGGCAUGGCCACAAAACCCCCUGCUUCCAAAAGACCACCACCAACGAGCCGAAGCUCGGUUCUGGGCAAAAUUUGGAGAGGAGAAGAACCGAGCUUUUUUGGGCUUCUUUUUUGUGACUGGAGAAGAACAAGUGAAAGCAAUCAAAGAAGCGCAGGAAAGUCUUGGAAUCUUGGAAGAGCAUGGCCUGGGAAACAAGAAGUUCUUCGGCGGCGACGAGAUUGGAUUGGCUGAUUUGGCAUUCGGGUGGAUAGCUUGGUGGCUGGAAGUCCUGGAGGAAGCAGCUGGGGUUAAGGUGCUGGAAGAUGACAGCUUUCCUCAGUUGAAGGCAUGGAUGCAAAGCUUCAAGGAGUUUCCCACAAUCAAAGAGAGCCUUCCAGAUCGCAGUGCAAUGUUGACCUACUUCAAAGGCCGAAGAGCAACAUUUGUUGCUUCUGCAGCAGAUGCAUAAACAAAACAUGCUAGUACCUGCUGGUGUAGGAUUUGUUAUAUAAUGGCAUGCUUUCAUGUUAUAUUAGUUGAUAUACUGUUGUUUCUGUAUUUUACUUAAUUAAUAAUCACCAAUAAAAAAGAGCUAUCACUUUCGGAAUU